UCUUGCCCCACCACAGCCACAAAAUGGCUUUCAAGGAAGCCCAGUGCCAUUUCCCUCGUGGACGUGCCAUCUUGACAGUGCAGGUGGCCGCAUCCAUGCCACACCGCCUAUCACCUUCCAGCACAGGGAGUGUUUUGGCAGAAAAGGGUGUGCAACCUGAAAUGUCAGCUUUCUCCCUCGGUGGCUGGUGGGAGGUGAAGCAGGGGAAGGGAACAUGACCACAGACAGAGCAGACCCUCAAUACUUUAUAGUGUGUGGUAUGAGCUGCAGUUGGAGCACUACUGCAGUGAUCUCAGUGACCAAGGCUAAGUUUGAGGUGGGUGUUUAAUAAGGACAGUUUCUACUUUUGCUAAGGAAAAAAAAAAAAAAAAAAAAAAAAGAAAAAAGAAAAAGCUUAAAUCUCUUAGCAAAUCAACUCAUUUUUGAGAAUUUUAUUUUGAUGUUAUUUGCUGGGGCUUGUCUGACUCUUUAGUGAGAAAUUGUGUGUGGGGGGAGAAGAGAUCUGUGGUGAGAGAUGGAAGGUUUCUGACAUAUUCUUCAGCCCUAAGUCGUUUUACACAAAAACCAUGGACUAGUGGCAACUUGAAGGUGUUAGAAAGUAGAAAGAAGAGAAAAUUAUUUGCUGUGAGGGACAACAUGAAAUCAGGUGGAUACUUACUGUGCACAUCUACCUUUUUGGCCACAGCAACAUACGGUUCAGCAGACACCAAAGACCACAAACAGACUGGACACAGAUCAUCACAUCAACACAAAACUGUAUGAGAGGAGAGUGAGGCGUGAUACAUAUAUACCUCAUCUUCUUCAAUAUGCCUCUUCAUAGUUACUUCACACCCAACAAACAAAAUAAAAGUAAGAAGAAAUACUCUCUUUUGUAACAAAAUAAUAUUUGGAUGAUUUGGGAUCAUCAUUUUCCCUCUUCUCCUUCAGAAACAUUUACAGGCCACAGCCAGGUACCACACACGAACACUUUAGGCUGAACAUUUUACAGCUUGAGGAAUGGAAUGGCACCAAAAAAAACAAGCGAAGUACAGGAGAAGCGGUUAUGUGACAAGCAUGACAGAGGCUCCCUGAAGAGGGUGAGCACAAAUACUGCGAGCACUCACAGCAUGAGGAAUGAGUCCCUGCACGCCGUGGCAGACAGAAGGUGUGACAUCUGCAUGCUUUCCGGACAAGAGCAAGAGAGAGGCCGGUAAGCUGGGACGCUCCAACAGCAGCAGCACUGUUGCGCUAUACCUGUUUUUUGAAAAAUGUGACAUCCCCUUCAGCCUACACCUGCAGCGCUUAGCAGAAGGUCUAAUUUUACCAAGUAUGGAUGAAAAUGAAUUUAGCAACUACAGAGAGAUCCCAGGUUUCUGUAAGCUUUGGAAGAGAUGUUCAAAGCAGCAUAGAAAGCCAUGUCAAAAAAACUCUAAGCGGCACCCCUUCUAGGGUUUCUCUGCUAAGCUCCCAAAUCCCCCAAAUUUGGAUCCAGCUCCUAUAAAAUAACAAGGAGUAGUUUCAUUCAUUCCCUGGGCUACAACAUGACACUAUUGACAAGGAAGUCCAGUGACAGUAUUGCAGAGUCAGACAUUUAGAGAGCAGACAGACAUGUUAAGUAUACUGUGCUGGACACGGGAUAUGAGCAAGCUAUGGGCUGAAAAGUCCUGUCACAAAUGACUGAAGCCAUACAAUGAGGCUUGAAAACUAGUGCUAGGCCGCCUAAUCCUUAUUGAUAAGUGUUACCACCGUACAAACCAGACUUUGAGGAGCUGAGGCUCAACAGAGAGUGUAAGGCUUGGGUCUAACCAGACAAUUCUGGUUGCCAUAGCUCAGCAGCUGACCCACUGGAGACACACACUGACGGGUGGCACACACUGACAACAGGGAAGUUACCAGCCCUGCUCUGAGGGGAGACAUGAACUGGUUGGACUGCCAUUUGCUGAGAAAGGACAGUGCCCCCACAAAACUAACGAGGGUAGCCAAAACACUAAACAAAAGCCUGCUGAGCAUUCGCAGCCUGGGUCUGGAUGCUGCUGUGGGGUGGACAGAAUGAGAGAGGCCAAGGUAGGUGCUAAUCCCAUCCCACAGCUUCUUUACACUGAAAUAAAAAGCAAACACAUAUGAAACAGAGAAGGGAAAAAAAAAAAAGGAGGGAGGGAGGGAGGGGGAAGAUGCCCAGAAAGGAUGGUUUGCAUUGUCCUGGAGAAACAGCAGCCAGAGCAGGAAGAAGAAGGAAUGUGCCUGUGUGUGCACACCAUGUGGGACAAAGGCAGCGUAUUUGUCUCCAGCCCUGCUGAAGAGCCCUGCUGACAUCUGUCAGCGCUGUAUGUCUGUGUACAAGCAACACUGAGCAUGAUGCUCGUUCUAGUGCCGUCGGUAACAGGUUUUUCGUGUCGAUUCCCUCAUCCCAGUCGUCCUUUUGGCUCCCCUCCUCAAGCCCUAUACAUCCAGUUUCAGUGAUAACCCCUGCAGACAAGUGGCAGGCUCGUGUGUGACACGCACACGCACCCCGUAUCCUGAACUCUCUUUCUUUUUAGUCCUCACCCCACUGCAUCCGACCUGCCUCCUGCAGCCCGGGGAGACGGGUGCUCCCCCCCCCCGCACCCCUGGGACCCCGCACCCUUGGGACCCCGGCUCGGGGCUGCGGGGGAAGGGGGCGAUGGAUGCAAGGCUGCGAUGGCAGCGGUGGCAGCGGGAGGCAAGAGGAGUUUCUGAAUGGUUAAAAAAAGUUCUCGGUGAGCAAACUGUGCUGCUGUCAAAGAUUCUCCCCCCGCACACACACCACCCCCCUUCUUCUUCCCUCCCCCCGCUCCGUUUUUAUUUUUAAGGCAGUUGAUGCGGUAAUUAAGAAUUUGGUGAGAGCCCGGUCAGGUCACCUCGUUUCUCAGAUCAGAGCCCCAUCAGAAAUUCUUUCAAGUGUCCUUCUGCGUCGCCAAAGAUGACAACAGCAAAUCAAUAAGCGCUUGAAAUGAAAGGGGCUGCCGGCUAGCCCCCGAGGCUACAGAUUUUCGCACCGCCGCUCUUUCUAUUUUUUUUUUUUCUUCCCUGAACUUCUCUCGCCUUCGCACUGCCUCUCGCCGAGGAGCUGCCUUUUCUUGCUGGUCUCAUGCCGGAGAUACCGGGUAAUGGAGUCCAACUGCCGUAAGCUUGUCUCGGCCUGCGUCCAGCUAGAGAAAGAGAAGAGCCAGCAGAGCAAAAGCGAGGAUGCGGGGCCCGAGGACCCCUCCAAGAAGAAGAGGCAGCGGCGGCAGCGGACUCACUUCACCAGCCAGCAGCUGCAGGAGCUGGAGGCCACCUUCCAGCGGAAUCGCUACCCGGACAUGUCCACCCGGGAGGAGAUCGCCGUCUGGACCAACCUCACCGAGGCCAGGGUUAGGGUUUGGUUCAAGAACCGCCGAGCCAAAUGGAGAAAGAGAGAAAGGAACCAGCAAGCCGAGCUGUGCAAAAACGGCUUCGGCCCCCAGUUUAACGGCCUGAUGCAGCCCUACGACGACAUGUACCCUGGCUACUCCUACAACAACUGGGCGGCCAAGGGCCUGACCUCCGCCUCCCUCUCCACCAAAAGCUUUCCCUUCUUCAACUCCAUGAAUGUCAACCCUCUGUCUUCUCAGAGCAUGUUCUCCCCUCCAAACUCCAUCUCCUCCAUGAGUAUGUCUUCAAGCAUGGUACCCUCGGCGGUCACCGGGGUCCCCGGCUCCAGCCUCAACAGCCUGAAUAACUUGAACAACUUGAGCAACCCCUCCCUGAAUUCUGCCGUGCCAACGCCAGCCUGUCCUUAUGCUCCUCCGACACCUCCGUACGUUUAUAGGGACACAUGUAACUCGAGCUUGGCGAGUCUGAGACUUAAAGCCAAGCAGCACUCCAGUUUUGGCUACGCCAGUGUGCAGAACCCCGCUUCCAACCUGAGUGCAUGCCAGUACGCCGUGGACAGACCCGUGUGAGACGCAGCAGCACAAAACACUGCAUGGGAAUCCCUCCCCAACCCCCCCAGAGACUGAGAAACGCGCUAGAAAGUGAUGGGCACUGGAGAGCGGGAGAAAGGAGGAGAAAACGGAGAGAAAAAAAAAAAAAAGAGGGAAAAAGGAGGGGGGGGUGAGAAAAAAAAAUUAAAAAAAGGAAACCACUGAAAUAAGAUAGUUCCUUUGUUUUCAAAGGACCUCCUACAGAUUCUGAGAUCUUUCACUAAGAGUAUUUCAGCAGUUACAAGGACAUAUAUAUAUAUAUAUGGACAAAUGUUUGACUGGAUAUGAUAUGACAUUUUAAUGUUACUAUAAGCUUGUUAUUUUUUAAGUUUAGCAUUGUUAACAUAAAAAUGACUGAAAGGAUGUAUAUAUAUCGAAAUGUCAAAUUAAUUUUAUAAAAGCAGUUGUUAGUAAUAUCACAACAGUGUUUUUAAAAGGUUAGGCUUUAAAAUAAAGCAUGUUACACAGAAGCGAUUAGGAUUUUUUCGCUUGCGAGCAAGGGAAUGUAUAUACUAAAUGCGGCACUGUAUGUUUCUAACAUAUAAUUAUUAAAAAAAAGCAAACAAACAAAAAAAAACCAUUGUGUGAAUAUCAGUUUUAGAAUAGUACCUCUGGUGGAUGCAAUGAUGUUUCUGAUAUUGCAAUGUAAAACAUGCCCUGUGUAUAACAUUUCGUACAAUAUUCUUGUUUUCCUUUUCAGCGAACAUGACAAAUGUGUUUUAUUUCAUGGGAGUAAAAAUAUACAGCAUA